AUGGCGGACCCUGAAUCAUCUCCGGAAAGGUUAUCGCUUGUAUCCUUUCAGACUGCACUUUGCAUCGUCCCUCCACGGCAUCUGUGGCAGGAUAUCGACCGUCUCAGGUCUCUAUACGAUCAGGCAUACGGCAGGUGGCCGCCACAUAUCAAUCUUCUUUACCCGUUUGUCGCAGCAGACCAAUUGCCAGUCGCCUCUAAACUCAUACAAGAUGCGUUGAGCGUUUUAAACCAGUCUUCAGAGUCCAGCAAGAUUCAUCUGCAAUCGGGGCCAGCUGGCUACUUUCGCAUCCGUGGACGCAACCAUACCAUCCAUCUCACACUAAAAGACGAAUCAAAGGCCCAACUCGUCAAAUUUAGGACUUCUGUUCUCGAAUCUCUCGGACAGCAUGGCCUAGAGGAGCGUCAGUACUGCCCACAUCUUACCGUCGGCCAGACAAAACCAGACGAUGACCUGCGAGACUUCUUACUUGAUAAAGUCAAUAAGCUGCCCGCUAUCCAAUGCGACCUUGGGCACCUCGUAAUUCUCCAUCGUGAGAAGGAGGGAGGUCCCGGCGGAACGAGCAGGAUGGUGAUAUGGGAUGCAAUCGAUCUAUCCGGAAACAACAUGUCGAAUUCCGAGGAGCUUUCUCGGCUGUACAGCGGGAUUUCGCUGCAUGGCCUGGAAACAGCUCUUGAUGAACCAAGUCACAGUGUACCCACGGAGCCUAUGACUACUUAUGAAUUUUCGACCGAUCGCCGUUCGUGGAAUCCCAUUACGGAGACAUCAGUGGAAACGACGAAUGUACGAACCAACAGUCUUGCCGUCUCUACAUAUAAUGUUCUGGCAGAGUCUACUCAACCACCACCCCGAGACCGAUAUGACCUCCUGGUUAAGCAUAUUCUUUCCACACACGCCCUGGCAGAUGUCCUGGUUCUCCAGGAAGUCUGUGAUGAUUUUCUGAUAUUCUUGCUUUCUCGUGAUGACAUUCGUCGACGAUACCCAUUUGUUACACAUGGACCUCCAGGCCAGGACGGGAUACCCCCUCUCCCGAGCCUCCGGAACAUUGUUGUCUUUUCUCAGUGGAAGUUUACUUGGGCCUGGCUGCCAUUUGAAGCGCGGCAUAAGGGCGCAGCCAUUCUGAAACUGGAUGGAACCGGGGACUUAAUUUCUUCCCUGCCUACCGUGAUCGCUGCUGUCCAUCUUAGUUCAGGGUUAACCGAUGCCACUGUGGACAGUAAAAUGUCCCAGAUACGCACCAUCUUAAGCCUGCUAGAUAAAGACUACCCCGAUAACCCCAGUGUCAUUGCUGGUGAUUUCAACUUCGCCACUUCGCAGGAGGUUAUUGAUACGUCUUUGAAGCAAAAGACUAUUUCAUCAGCUAGCGUGGAGAAGAUAAUGGGGCUCAACUAUUUACUAUCCAAGGCUCAAUUUAUGGACGGAUGGGCUGUUAGUUGUGCUGAAUUUGGGGAUGCCCCCACAGAUCCAGUCACGGACGACAGCUCUGGUGAAGGGGAGCAUGGAGCCACAUUCGAUCCGAUCUCGAACCCUCUUGCAGCCCAAUCCUCAGUCAAUGGUAGACCUCAAAGAUAUGAUAGGAUCUUUGUCCGCCAAACCGGCAAAAGCACGGUUACUGAUUUCAAUUUCUUUGGCCUGCCUGAUACCCCUGAAGAUGGGAAACCGUCUCUUUCUGAGUUUGCCAGUGAUCACUGGGGAAUACGGGCCCAAGUGCAGAUUGGGCGUAAUUUGAAAGAAAAUAAAGCUACAGAAGCCGUCUCCAAGGCUGCUCCGUUAGAACUAAAAGAGGUGCCUGAGAGCCUGUCCGCCUCAGAAGGGCUCGAAUCGGGUUUACAGGCUUCUUCGAUGUUUCCUGGUGAAGGUGAUAUCAACACACGAAAAUCUAUCGUCGCUACACUUACAGGAAUCCUGACGGAGCCAAUCCACGACUCUAAUGGUAGAGAUAUCAAAACACCACUUGUUUUGAUUCCUGUUGGCUCCUAUGGUUUAGGUACUUGGAAUCCAAACUCUGACAUUGACUGCCUGUGCAUUGGCGCUAUAAGCUCAAGCACUUUCUUUUCGCUCGCAAUUCAAAGGCUCCGAAGGGCAUCCGCCCACGGAAUACGAAUCUCGAGGAAGGUCAAGGCUGCAACGGGUACAAUGCUGGAGCUACAGGCUGGAAAUAUCAAGCUCGAUUUGCAAUACUGCCCAGCAGCCAAAAUAGCUGAAAGAUGGCAAGAAGCUGCCAAGUUACCGCCUCAGGACCCGAUAUUUGACCUGUCAUUCUAUUCUUUGAUGAAACUUCAACCAUUCAGGGACCAAGAAUAUCUCAAGAGAACGAUACCAGACUUGCACAUAUUCCGCCUUGCUCAUCGUUGCAUUACUUUGUGGGCCAAAUCAUCGGGGGUUUACUCUUCGAAAUUUGGAUUACUGGGUGGCAUCCAUAUAACUAUGAUGCUUUCGAGACUUCAUCAACUUCUUCAUGAAGAUGUAGGACGAGUAACGGCCCCUGAGCUAGUUUCCAUGUUCUUCCGUCAUUAUGCGAAUUUUGACUGGAAAAAUAAGAUUGUUGAUAUCCCUGGAAAGCAGUCGAAGUAUCGCCGCUCACUGAGAGAGCCAAUGGUGAUCCUAACGGUCCAUACCCCUACUAUUAAUGUGGCCAGAGCUGUCACCGCACCUUCGCUGAGAACUAUUGUUUCUGCGCUGAAACGUGCGGAACAACUCCUAGCUGAAGAUGGAGCUACUUGGUCUAAUAUCCUCAGCGAUACUAGUAUCAGCCAUAAUAACCAAACUGGCGCAGAUAAAUUUUUGGUGACCUACAACAACUAUAUCAAGGUCAAUGUGCAAUACUGGGGCCCUUCUUCGGCCCAAGCCAACUCUUUGGUAGGUUGGCUGGAAUCUAGAUUCUUCCGCCUACUCAAUGAUCUUGAUAAAAAUGUUCCGGGUGUUCACGGUCGGAUCUGGCCCGCUCGGUUCACCUCAAAAGACGCACCUGAUGGAGCGGAUGAGGGAGAAACGGAGUAUCAGGGUUGCUACCUAGUUGGACUUGAACGGUUGCAAAGUGCCACGAAUAUCGUAGCAGAAGACGACAAAGAGGCGCUGCGGGCUACCAUGGGUCAAUUCACAGUUAGUCUGCAUGAAGAAACCAAAUACUUCGACUCCACCGUCUGCUGGAUCGAUACCACGCAUGUCAAACAGGCCGAAUUGGGCGAACUCAGACUCGACCAUAGAAGCUGGGGAGAACAAGGAGGGGGGGGAAUGGGUGCAUCGGAUUUCUUCUCCGACGAGGAUGCCGAUGAAGACCCCGAUGAGGAUGAUGAAGUGACCAGUGCCUUCUUUAGCGAGGAACAUGCAGUGAAUAAAGCCAAACCACGCUCCAAGUCUACGGCACCAGCGUCUAAACCGGUCAGCACUAACAAACUCCGUCCCGCGGCAGAUAUUAUCAGCCGUCUUCGCUGGGAUCCUAAGAUUGAUUCUGGCGAUUACAUCGUUGGCUAUGAGGAUCGGUUUCUAGGAGAGAAAGAGACGCCGCUUUCCAGGUGGAAGUCAGAACAGACGGAUGAGGAGUUUAUACCGCAACACCGGAUUAUUUACUUCAAGAGGAAGAGUGAUGGAAGACGUGUCUGGGAUAGGGAGACAAGGAAGGAUGAGAUUUUCGGAAGCGGAAUUGGGGGAGAGAAGCUGGCUUGA